UCCCCAGACCACUGGAGCACAUACAGAGACCUCCGACAAGACGUGAAGGUUGUUUUGUUUGAUUAAAAGCCUAUUAUUCCAUUGGAAUUUAGGCUUCCUGACAAUCUUAAUAUUCAAUCUUUUUCUUGGGGUGGCUGAUUUUGCAUCUCCUUGAUGCGCAGUUUAUCAAGGAUAAACCCAGAUAGCCAUUACUGCGGCUCUUGUUUUGCCAAAGCAUCGUGGAGGAGAGCAGAUGUCUGCUUUGCAGUGACACAGCUCUCAUCUAUCCCAUUGUCAUUCUUCUUUAAAUAGAGCACCAACCUAAAUUUGGAUGUCUAAUACAGAUUGAACUAGUCUCAGGAAGCAGUGGGGCUCCAGUUUGGCACCUUCUUUAGCUGACCCCUAACCUUGAGAUUCUGAUAACCUGCUCCCAGCAUCAUGGGAACCGUGCUAUCACUUUCACCCAGCUACCGGAAGGCCGCCCUGUUUGAGGAUGGCCCGGCCACCGUGGGCCACUACAUGGCGGUUCAGAACAGCAAGAACGCCAAGGACAAGAACCUAAAGCGGCACCCACUCAUCAACGUUCUGCCAUGGAAACGAAUAGUAGCCGUCUCAGCUAAGAAAAAGGGGUCUAAGAAGGUGCAGCCUAAUACCGGCUACCAGAACAAUGUUUCUCACCUCAACAAUGAGAACCUCAAGAAGUCACAGUCUUGUGCAAAUCUCUCCUCCUUUACACAGGACCAGUCGAGUCCAUCAAACCAAGGCUCCAAAAACUCCAACAACACAGCUUCCUCGGUCAAGAAGGCGCCUCUUUCCAACUCCAACGUUGCUCCCGGGACACCCAAGAGGGUGAUCGUCCAAGCCUCCACCAGUGAGUUGCUGCGCUGUUUGGGAGAGUUCCUCUGCCGGAGGUGCUACCGACUCAAGCACCUUUCUCCCACCGACCCAGUGCUGUGGCUCCGUAGUGUGGAUCGUUCUCUGCUGCUCCAGGGCUGGCAGGACCAGGGCUUCAUCACUCCAGCCAACGUGGUUUUCGUCUACAUGCUCUGCCGCGACGUGGUCUCCUCUGAAGUGGCUACGGAGCACGAGCUGCAGGCCGUGCUGCUGACCUGCCUCUACCUGUCUUACUCUUACAUGGGCAAUGAAAUCUCAUACCCUCUCAAGCCAUUCCUGGUGGAGACCUCCAAAGAGACAUUCUGGGACCGCUGCCUGUCCAUCAUCAACAUGAUGAGUGCCAAGAUGCUGCAGAUCAACUCGGAUCCUCACUAUUUCACCCAGGUCUUUGCAGACCUCAAAAACGAGAGCCAGAAGGAGGAGGAGAGGAGUCGUCUGCUCAUCAGCCUGGACCGGUGAGGGGGCUCUGGAGAUGUCUUUGGUGUCACUCUCGUCUGGCAUUUUUUUCCAGGGGUAGUUCAGCCAAAAAUGAAAAUUCUGAGAAAUCUAUUCACCCUGAUGUUAUUCCAAACCUCUAUGCCCUUUGGAAUACAGAAGAAGACAUUUUUAAAAAUGUCUCAGUGUUUCUUAGUCCAGAAACAAUGGGGUCCAACAGGGUUGUUUUGGACCCCAUUGACUCUCAUUGUAGACUCUUAAAAAUAAAGGUUCCAAGAGCAGAUCUUCGCAGCGAUACCAUUAAAGAACCAUUUUUAGUUCUUUCAAUUCUUAAAGAACAAU